AUGGUCACUAACAUCAAGGCAAGAAGUGCUAGGAUAUCUUGGGCGGAUCCUAACAACGUAGGAGAUGGAAAUCGUACAGGAUUUUGGAUUAGACUGAAGAAAGAGAACUUUGUCAUCCAGAAUAUUACCGACUAUAACGAAAAUGAAUACAAAAUACACAAUCUCACAUCAUACACAACAUAUAAAAUAUCAGUAGCUGCUCGAAAUAAACAUGGUUUUGGUGAAGAGACUAUUACUUCGUUCACAACAUCAGAAGAAGGUGAAAUAGAUAAAAGG